CUGCGACUACAAGUCCCAUCCUGCCCCGCGCUCAAACUCACGGCGCCAGAGCAAGAUGGCCGACACCGCGUCCACAGCCGGGGCCGGAGGCUCGGGAACGAGAUCAGGAAGUAAACAGUCCACUAACCCUGCUGAUAACUACUAUCUGGCCCGGAGGAGAACCUUGCAAGUAGUGGUGAGCUCCUUGCUGACAGAGGCAGGAUUUGAGAGCGCCGAGAAAGCUUCUGUGGAAACGCUGACCGAGAUGCUGCAGAGCUACAUUUCAGAAAUUGGGAGGAGCGCCAAGUCGUACUGCGAGCACACGGCCAGGACCCAGCCCACACUGUCGGACAUUGUGGUCACACUGGUGGAGAUGGGUUUCAACGUGGACACUCUCCCUGCCUAUGCAAAGCGAUCUCAGAGGAUGGUCAUCACUGCCCCUCCAGUGACCAAUCAGCCGGUGACCCCCAAGGCCCUCACGGCGGGGCAGAACCGACCCCACCCGCCACACAUCCCCAGCCACUUCCCAGAGUUCCCCGACCCCCACACCUACAUCAAGACCCCGACGUACCGGGAGCCUGUGUCUGACUACCAAGUCCUGCGGGAGAAGGCAGCGUCCCAGAGGCGCGAUGUGGAGCGAGCACUCACCCGUUUCAUGGCCAAGACAGGCGAGACCCAGAGCCUUUUCAAAGAUGACAUCAGUACCUUCCCAUUGAUCGCUGCCCGGCCCUUCACCAUCCCCUACCUGACAGCCCUUCUGCCCUCGGAGCUGGAGAUGCAGCAGAUGGAGGAGACAGACUCCUCGGAGCAGGACGAGCAGCCUGACAUGGAGAACCUGGCCCUGCACAUCAGCACGGACGAGUCCGGGGCGGAGAAGGAGAACACAUCUGUGCUGCACCAGAACCCCUCCUUGGCGGGCAGCCGGAAUGGGGAGGAGACCGUCAUUGAUAACCCCUAUCUGCGCCCUGUGAAGAAACCCAAGAUCCGCAGGAAGAAGUCCCUGUCCUGAGCCGAGGAGGAGGCCUGGCUUACAGAGGGACACAGAUACCGCCCUCCUGGGGGAGUUGAAGCCACUGGGGGGAAGAAGUGGUGACCUCCUGGUUGCUGAUCAGAGGCCGCAGGAUGGGGUCUGGCAGGAUUUUAAUGGCAACCUCACAUCACCUCUUUUCACUGGAAGUCUGGGUCGAGGAGGAAGCGAUGGGAAUAACAGGACUUUCCUAAUCACCCAGGCUGCAGUCCUGUGUCCUGGGGCCUGGCGGCAGCUGGGGACUUCAUUUAUGAUCCCAGAACUGUAUCCCUUUGAAACCUGAGGAGUGGGAAGAGUUCUUGGCUGCCUUGCUCUCCGCCAGGAAGUCUGUUCCAGGCUCUGGGGUCCCUCUUAUGACUCGCAAACAGUUGCAGCACUGAUGUGACAACCCGGCACCUGACCCUUGCUUCUCUCCUCUCCCGGGCUGCAAGCGCCCUGUGCAGCUGCUGGAAAGGCCCUUGUGCCUUGUGUUGGGCCCAGGAGUCCACAUGCCACAGCUUUGACCUAGCACUCGCUGCAGUCGGGUGCUGCAGGCAGAUGUGUUAAGGUGGCAGACACUGGCAGGGCAGGGCAGCUCCUCCGGGCAGGGACAUCCUGAGGGAUUGUCAUUCACUGUCCCUCAUGGAAGGUGUGCUUGGGACCUGCCCCCCACCAGAGACUUCCUCUGACAGCAGCCUGGCCCCUUCGGCGCCUCACGCUGUGUCUUGCGAAAGAGCAGCUAAAGAUUUUAAAGAAGAGGAAAAGAAGUUAGCAGCGUUGGCUGGCAUGUUGCAGGCUGGGACUGGGCUUGUGUUUUAGAGCCCAGAAACCUGGCUGCUCUGCAGGAGGCUGGUGCAGACAAGAGCCAUGUUCCUGCCCGAUGGGGCAGGGGUGAUGGGAGCUGAGUGAGCCAGGGCUUCUCCAGGAAGCAGGUCUGAGUCUCCUCAGCCUCCUCACCUGCUGACUGAGGGCACUUUGUCACUGAUGUACCCUAUAAACCAGACGGAAAACAAGGUUUUAAGGGAGAUGUCAGGCCCGCUGAUGUCCCUUGGCUGGUCUGUAAGGGAGCAAUUUUAAAACCAGAUCCAGGGCCAGGAUGUAGCUCAGCGGCACUGCACCUGACUCACACGCACAAGGUGCUGAGUUCAAUCCCCGGUACCAAAACAAACCAAACAGGUCCAAGAAGGAAGAGCUCCGUGGCACCCGGAAGUUGGCACAGUUUGAUGCAGUCGCCCCGGUAGGCUCCUGCGGGCCUCGUUCAGUGCGCUGCCCCCACUGUCAUCACCACAGACACUGGCCCAGUCACUGGCCCAUCAUUGCAGAAACUGCAUAGUCCUCCGUGUGUAUUUAUCAAUUCCUAUUUUUUGUAACUUUGGGGGUCUUACUAGAGGAAAAGAGAGAGUAGUAAACAGCAGGAUUAAAAGGGUGAUUUAUGAAAGGCCCAUAAUAAAAUCUUUGUAAACAAAAAUUAAAAUCAUAAACUUUGUAAGUAA